AUGAGACUGGUUAAAGGCCGCUCGAAGGUGUGUAUGCUUUACAACCAGAGGUUGCCACGCUACCAGCUGAGGCGGGCACCUUACAAUCUGAGGUGGGCAAAUUUUCCAGCUGAGCAACACGUGGAGAUUGGUCAACAACUUCUACUAGCAGAUGAUGAGUUUGAUAUUGAUCCACCUCCAAAAUCUAGAGGAAGACCAAAGACAAAGGCUGCUGUAGUUAAGUCGAAGCGCAACCAAGCAAUUACGAUGACCAAUGAUGACUCAGAAUUGCACAAUAUGGGUCUGAGCAUAAAGACUAUCGCAGAGAUUCUGGCGAAAAUCCCAACAUUCAUCUCCGCGGCCGAACGGCUGAGAAAGUUUCGAAUAUUUGUGUUUACCAAGAAGCCAAAGUCCCCAAUUGCCUGGGAAUUGAGUGUUGGAGUUUUUACCACGGAAACGCUCAAGGUGAUGAAGGAGUACCACCGAGCAACGGCAGCUGUGCGGUUAGUGGAAAGAGCUGUGACCUGGAUUUCAACGAUCAACUUUAAAUUACCUGUCUACAAGCACUUUCAAGUACUGGAAGAUUCAGAUAUGGGUGCAAAACUGAAACAACUACCAUUACUUUCCCACGAGAUGGGUGUGCUUGACCUUGCAGCAAAAGGAAGUCUUGGCGACGAAAUUAUGACUACAGUGAUGACCAAACUGUUUAGUGCCAAUCCAAUUCUGAACGUGGCAAGCCCCCACAUGAUCAGCGUCCCUGUCAACGGCAAAAUUUGGACGGACAAUCAAGCUCUGGUCACCCUGUUCUUCGGUGCUCCUACCGGAAAAUUCCUUAUACCUGUGAAUUGCAAUCAAAACCAUUGGUGCUCAAUAAUGGUUGGCAUCGGGGAGAAAAAGAAGCUGUACUACUACGAUCCAAUGGGAUCUUCGUACAAGAAUGGAGUUCGUUUAGCUGCGCAAGUGGUGAAACAGUUAAUUACGGACCAACUAUUGGAUGGGUGUAGGGCUCAAAGCUACGGGUCUCAUCUAGGGAUUCAAACGGACAGCUACACUUGUGGUAUUUACGUCCUGCUUGCCUUUGAACUGUUUGCUGGAGCUCCUUCGCCAGGAAUCCUCGGCAAGAAAACCUUACAGUACUUGCGUUACAGAUACUUACAUAUGUGCAUCUAA